AUGAAAAAUCUAGUUGUCCCGCUUGUCAUGCGUUCCCUCUGCGGCUUGCAGUAUCGCAGGAUAACGGAAGUCUCCGAAGACGACGAAGAGUCCCCUUCAGUUGUGUCUAGUGCCGCAGAAAGUUCAAAGGCAAAUUUUAAAGACCAGUCUUUGAUCGCUGGGCCUGAGACUCCUGCCGAAGCUGAUCCUACAGAUGAGGAUGUUGCCGAGUUCAAAAGGAUUCAAAUUGUGGCCCCAGUAAAUGUCACAGGGGCUGUUAAGAUUACAGAAUUAGAUGAAAUUGCGACCAUUUUGUCGGCCUCUCAAUCGGCUACGACCUCACUCCACCCUCUUACGAACAUUUCAUACAAAGGUGCAAGUGGUUUUACGUCUCCUGACAUAUUCACUCCAACAGAACCUAGCGAAAGCCAAGCCAGCAAUCGAAGACGAAGACGAGCAGAACGAAACCAAAUGCGGCGGCAGAGACAGCAAUUUGGCGAAGUGGAAUACACCUGA